AUGGCUUCGUCUUCCUCUUCGCGUUACGGUGUCUUCUUGAGCUUCCGAGGAACUGAUACUCGUAGAACCUUUGUCAGCCAUCUUCACAAAGCCUUAGUUAACAGGGGAAUCGUCACCUUCAAGGAUGAUUCGAAGAUUAGAACGGGCGAUCCUUUUCCCCACGAAAUCCUUGAAGCCAUCCAAGAUUCGACUUUUGCAGUCAUUGUUAUCUCGGAGAAUUUCACUUCUUCAAAGUGGUGUUUGAUCGAGCUCCAAUCGAUAAUGGAGCUUUGGAGCUCAAAGAAACUCAUCGUCUUUCCGAUCUUCUACGGAGUGGAGCUCUCUGAUGUCAGGAAAGAGGAAGGCCAUUUCUGGGAACCGCUUAAAUUGCACAUGUGUAACAACUCAUUUGCAGAGGAGGUUCCUAAAUGGAAAGAGGCUCUCACCAAAGUCUCCUAUCUCAAUGGAAAGGAUUCUACAAAAUUCAAGGACGAUGCUGCAAUGAUUGACAAUAUUGUUAGUGAUAUUUGGACUCGGUUGUCAUCUAUGCUGCCUAUUGAAUUUGCGGAUGUUGUUGGAAUGACUCCUCACAUGGAGAGGCUGGAUUUUCUCUUAAAUAUUAGAUCAGAGAAGGAGGUUCGUAUGAUUGGCAUUUGGGGAAUGGGUGGCAUAGGCAAAACCACCAUUUCCAAGUAUCUCUUUCACCAGUACUCUGGAGGAUUUUCAGCUCGUUGUUUCAUACAAGACGUUUGGAAGAUUUCUAGCAGCUUUGGUCUCGUUGGUUUACAGGAAAAAUUUGUUUCUUCUAUCCUGCCUGAAGAACAUGUCAAGCUCUCCACGCUUGAACACGGACACCACCAUAUUAAGUCUAGGCUUGGACACCAAAGAGUGUUUGUUGUCCUUGAUGGUGUUGACAAUGUGGAUCAGAUUCGAGCUUUGGUUAAAGAGAGUAGCAUGUUUGGCCGAGUAAGCUAUAUCAUCAUAACCACAAGAGACCAAAGCUUGCUCAAAACAUGUGGCAUUAUAGACAGAGACUUAUAUGAGGUUAGCUGCUUGGAAAGCAGUGAUUCUCUCCUCCUGCUUAAACGGUUUGCUUUUGAAGGAGGAACUCCACCUUCUGAUAUUUAUGAACAACUCUCUCUUCGAGCUUCUCAGCUUGCUCAUGGUCUUCCCUUUGCCCUUGAAGCUUUUGGCUUAUGUUUCCGUGGAAAGACUACACCAAUUGAGUGGAAGGAUGAGUUAAGGAGAUUAGGUACGACUCCUCAUGAAAGCACCAUUCAAAUAUUGAAGAUUAGCUACGACGACUUGUGA